AUGUUCUUCACUAUGCAUAUGACACCUAUUAUUUGGCUCAAUCUUCUGCUUUGCAUCAUCUCUGAGAAAAAUAAAACUUUCCCUAUAAUUAACCUCGAUACAAGUGAUGAAAUUGUCACAUAUACUGCUCAUUCUGGCACCUCAGAUAGCUUUGAUAUCCUCGAUUACAACAAUUUUGAGCCAUUGUUUGGCUCAGAAUUUCCAUCCGAUCCUUCGCAGUUGAUUGAUUUCGAUCAGUUGAAUGAAAUUGAGGAUAUAAGCAGUGAAGAAUCGAAACCCCAGAUCACAAAUGCUCCUCAUCCUGGCUUUUUAGAUAGCUAUGAUUUGUUGAGCCAUACUAAUUUGGACUCAUCACUUGGUUCAUAUACGGAUUCAAAUAGGAAUGUGUGGAGAGAUGCUAAUGGAGAAUUAGAAACGAAUGAUGAUAUACUGCGAUAUAGAGAUGCUCAAAGUGGGACUUCUUCGCCACUUAAUGUCAACACCGAUGACAUUAUUACAUGUAUGUACUUACCUGGUUCACAACAAAAUGCGGUUCCGAUCUAUUUUCACCAACUUACUCUUCCCUCAGACGGCACAUCCGGUCAACACGGAAAUGCUGAACAGAGCAACAUGGACAAUAAGCACUUCUCGGAUAACUUGAAUGUCCCCAAGUACAGGGGAAAUACCAAUGAAGGAUCAGAAACAAAUAAGAGAAAUUAUACUUGUCAUUAUCGUGGGUGUACUAUGAUCACGGAAAAUUACAAAGAAUAUAUAACACAUAGAAAAACACACGGUCAACCCUUCAUCUAUGAAUGCAAAGUGCCCGGUUGUGGGCGAAUAGUUGACUAUGAAUCAUCAUUUUAUAAUCACAUACAGACGCAUGAACCCCGUCCUCAGUGCGAGGAUUGUGGCACAUUUCUCGUCAACAGGAAUGCACUACGAAAACACAAGAGGCUCUGCCAAACAAAAUCUCACGAACGAAGCUACGAAUGCCUUUAUCCCGGAUGUGCUGUGAUCGCAAAAAGUUACAAAGAAUAUGUAACACAUAGGAAAACACACGGUCAGCCCUUCAUCUAUGAAUGCAAAGUAGCCGGUUGUGGACGAACAUUCGACUAUAAAUCAUCAUUUCGUAGUCACAAGCAAACGCAUGAAUCUAAUCCUCAGUGCGAGUGCUGUGGCAAAUUCUUCGCUAGCGUGAAUAUUCUCCGUAGGCAUAAGAAGUGCUGCCAAACAAAUUCUCGUUAG